AUGGACCACCCACAAACACCCCGCAUCCUCGCCCCGCACCUUGCAAACUUCCAACACCGCAUCGUGCGCAUAUUGGGAAAGGUCACGCAGCUGCGUGGUGAGACAGCAGUUAUUGAUGCAGGAGGUAAUGUUGACGUUGUUCUGAACAGGGACUCACAUCUCGCCGUCGGUCAUGCAGUAGAGAUUAUCGGCAAGGUAGAUCAGAACCUGCAAGUCAAGGUACAAGCUGUGACCGAUUUUGGCACAAAUAUCGACUUCAACGCAGCAAAUGCCGUAGUAGAUGCUACGCAUCGGUACAAGGAGAUUUUCUACGACGACAACUAA